AACAUUUCAUCUUUCAUAGCACUUCUCCUUCUCCAUAUAAUAAUGGCAAGAGAGAUUAUUCGCCCGUGCGCAGCAUGCAAGCAUCUCCGUCAGGAGUGCGACUCAAGCUGUGACCUUGCUCCUUACUUUCCACCUGACAACCCAGAGCGUUUCAUCAAGGUACACUCUGUGUUUGGAAAGAACAAUGUGUCGAAUAUGUUGAAAAAAGUUGAUGCUUCACAUCACGAACAAGCUAUUGAAUCAUUCGUGUAUGAGGCUGAGGCCAGGUUGAGGGACCCAGUCUAUGGUUGUGCGGGUCCAGCAAAGGACCUUCAACGUAGGUUGAAUGAAGUUCAAAUGGAACUAAAGAGUGUGAAGAACGAACUGGCCAAAUACCUCAAUCCUCAGAUUGUUGAAUUUGUUCUCGGCUUUCCUGAUUGUUUCGGCUUUAAGCCAAAUGCAUCUGCACCGACUAUGACAAUCGGUGCAGGACAAUUGGCUUUUAAUCAGCUGCCAGCUGCUGAGUUGACGACUCAGCAGAUUCACAACUUAGAAGUGUUAAAACAAAAUCUUCUUAGUGGCCCCGAUGGUGAUGAUGGGUUGGCAGGAUUCCAUAUGGAUGUUAAUGUUCCUGUUGAAAAUGGUGGCAUUAAUACUAGCUCCCACCCUGUUGGUGGUGGUUCUGUCAAUGGUAGCGGUGGCUCGACAAGAUUCCAGAUGGGUGCUGAUAUUCUUGUUCGUGAUUCUGGGUUGGCAGGAUCCCAUAUGCUUCCUGAUGUUCCUCCUGCUGAUGCUCCUUCUGCGCUUCCUUCUUCUAGGGCUGAUACUAUCGACAAUGGUGGCACUAGCAACCAGUAAGAAUAAUAAGAGAGAUAUUGGUGUUGUAGUUGUUUAAUAUUUGGACAUCUAAAACUGACAUCAGAUACCAUAGUUUG